AUGUCAAGUCACGGCCGAAACGGCUUACCUCGUGGCCGCGACUCUGACGACAGAGAAGGCCAAGAUCAACCUCAACCUCAACGACCGAAUGCGUUCCAAAAUCCACUGAACAGAAUCGCCGAGCCUGACUUCGAUCUCUUCUGGUAUCUUCGGCCAGGACGACCAGAACGUGGCAGGAACCCACGUCGCGGCGCGAGAAGAAGAAGAAGAAGUCCCAGUACGCGCAGCGAGAGUUGCAGUACAUGUUGUUCCGGCUGUAGUUCAGACGGGGAAGGCGCCGAGUGGAGCGAUGAUGAUGGUGAUGCUGAUUGGGAGGAGGGGAAUAUUUUGCCGCGUGCCGAUAGACAUGCACGUCGGCGAGGGACACGAGGAUUGCAUGGACUGCCCACAUGGGCACGCGAGAACAGUGACACUGACAGUGGCAGUGACCAUGAGGGUGAUAAGCCCUUGAUGAUCGUGGACCUGGUGGAGGCCGGGCCGCUGACGGUGAAGUUGGAGUGGAUGGAGGAGGACGACGACCAAGAGGAGCGCGGCCUGUCCGAGAUAUCUGGCAACGUGCCUUUGCAGCAAGAGGGCUCGGCAGGAGAAGAAGAUGUCAAGGCAGAGCGAGAGGAGAGAGUUGUAGUACCUGUGGCAGUGACGAAGAAAGUGACAUCGACCGUGAGUAUGGGGUCAGCGGACCCUAUCCCGGCGGUCGUAGGCGGGGAUCUAGGCAGCCACGACAAGGUGACGGAGACGGAGACGGAGAGGUGA